UCGAAAGCUUGCCCUGCGGCUUGACCAGCAGUGUUCUGUCGACAACCUGGCUUCUCCCCUUAGAUCACGGCCGCCUUCUCCGCCGCCUUCAUAUACUCCUCCUGUUUCAUCACACGAUACUUUACCACACACAAUCCUGGCGGGCAUACGUCCACCACUGUCGACAACACAGUCCGCCCCUCCAGCAAAUUCUAUGAAAAAUGCGUCAAGUUCGGCCACCGCAAUCGAUACAUCAACGUCUGGCCGAGCUGGAAAACGCACUAAAUCAGUGUCAGCUCUUCACCCGCAAGUAGCCGUCAUUCUAGGGGUGCCUAAAGUCUGGCAUGUCUUCCUUCAGGGUGCUCGUCUCAUGGCAAUGAGUUAUUCUAUCACUUGCUGCUACUGGUCUCUACAGAUUUUCUUCGACCUCGUUUUUGUCUACAGCACAACUCCACCCAGGCUCGAAUUGCGCGAGACUGAGAAUGGGUGGACUCUGGAAAGGCGUCUAGAGGUAGCUUGCGUUCUGCUGGCCGCACUAUGGUGCUCGGCAUCUGCGUACCUAUCAUUCUUCUUCACGGAUUGCCUGAUGUCUCGAUGGCUCCUGAAUUAUACUCCGUUUGCGACACUCCUUCGCCUUGGUAUGACAGACUUUCUUCUUGGUUAUGUACCCAAGCUCGCUUUGGCACGCCUUGGAGCCUUCAAAGUUCCCUCACGCCUUGUCCCAUCAUGGAUCCUCAUCACUCUCACCGUUGCUAUUGCGUAUCACCUCACACAUGACCUUACAAGCAUCAAGCGUGAGACUGAGGCUACUAGGAAGGUUUUGUUAUUCGCCAUGACUGUUACGUUGUUUGGCUUAAUCUUGCCGCAUCAUGUUCCACUUUCAUCUGAGCUCUAAGCAUGAUAUUUGGGUUAGCGCCACGUCAUUCCAACUCUACGAUCCGCUGAUUGCUUGCUUAAUCUGCUACCUACUACCUCUUGACUGUUCGAACUGUUCCAUGUUCUGUAAAGCUAGGGUAGCUUUUGUUAC